CACGUUGCUAUCCGCUCACCUCGGCACAUCCUGGGGGAUCUUACUGACUUCAAUUCAGCCUUACGGAGAUUCUGUUCGAGGAUGCCGUCACACAGGCCCGUGAGCUCGACGCGUUCUUUGCUGCGAACGGGCGCCCUGUCGGACCGUUGCAUGGCGUACCUAUGACUUUGAAAGAUCAAUUCGAUGUUGCUGGCUAUGACAGUACCCUUGGCUAUGUCGGAAGAGCGUUCCACCCGGCUUUGCAAGACUGCGUUCUGGUGUCGACCCUGAAACAGAUGGGCGCGAUCAUCAUCGCUAAGUCGAACUUGCCACAAAGCAUCAUGUGGUGUGAGACCGACAACCCUUUGUGGGGCUUGACCGUCCAUCCCCAAAACCCCGAAUUCACUCCCGGCGGUUCAACUGGUGGGGAGGCUACGCUCCUGUCACUUCAAGGUACAGUCGUUGGCUGGGGUACGGACAUCGGCGGAAGCAUUCGCAUUCCGUCGCACAUGAAUGGCCUUUAUGGAUUGAAGCCAAGUAGCACACGUCUACCCUACCAAGGGGUGUCAGUAUCCACGGAAGGCCAGGAACAUGUCCCUUCCGUCAUUGGACCCAUGUGUCGCAACAUAAAAUCUCUUAUCACCACCACCAAAGCAGUCAUUGAUGCGGGUCCAUGGGAUCAAGAUCCAAAGUGCUGUCCAGUACCAUGGAGGUCAGAAGUCUUCGAAGCAGCGCGAUCACGCCCGUUGGUUAUCGCUGUCAUGCGAGAUGACGGCGUCGUGAAACCGCAUCCACCAAUUUCUCGCGUACUUGAAGAGGUCGCAAAGAAGCUGGAGCUUGCAGGUCAUGAGAUUGUGUCCUGGACACCAGGCAGUCUACAUCAAGAGUGUAUUGAUAUAAUGGACCAAUUCUACACGGCGGAUGGUGGCGAAGAUAUCCGACGUGACGUAGAAGCUGGAGGCGAGCCUUUCAUACCCCACGUCGAAGCUCUUUUAAACAGAGGCAAGGCCAUCUCCGUAUACGAGUACUGGCAGCUCAACAAGCAGAAGCUAGCUGCGCAGAAACGGUACCUUGAUCUGUGGACCUCUACCAGGUCCGAGAAGACGGGCAAGCAGAUAGACAUUCUACUGACCCCAGUCAUGCCUCACUCAGCGGUACCGCAUCGCAAAUGUAGAUGGGUAGGAUACACUAAGGUCUUCAACUUUGUUGAUUAUCCUGCUGUUGUACUGCCAGCUGGCAAGAUAUCGAAACAACUUGACAGCGAAGCAGCAAAGAUGAUGGAAGCAUACCAGCCACGAAACCCUUUGGACGAGUGGAACUGGAAUUUGUUCGAUGUGGGUUCGAUGGAUGGUAUGCCAAUAGGUGUGCAAGUUGUGGCGCGCAGACUACAAGAGGAGAAAGUGCUUGGUGCUGCUAAAGCGAUUGAUGAUAUUCUACGAUCAUCUUAGUAGGGUGAUGUUCAUACACAUCUUGGCAAGUUUACCCCAAAAAGGCACUU